AUGUCGUCCCAUACAACAUCACAGCGCUAUCUCUCCACGCGUGGCGGCUCCUACGGUUUCUCCUUCGAAGAGACAGUCUUAAAGGGACUGGCUACAGAUCAGGGGCUGUUUCUCCCAGAAGACAUUCCCUCCUUGCCGUCAAACUGGCAGGAUGAUGGGUCUCAUAUGAGCUUCUCUGAGCUCGCGUUCCAAUUUUUUAGUCUUUACAUUGCCCCAAGCGAAAUCGAGCCCGUGGCCCUUCGAAACAUCAUCAACCGGUCGUACUCGACCAUUAGAGCUCCGAGCGUAACGCCUACGGUGACGCUGAAUAAUGCCAGAACGAUACAUUUGCUGGAGCUGUGUCAUGGAGAGACAUUUGCCUUCAAAGACAUCUUCUUCCGGGUCAUAAGGAACGAAGGAAAGUCGGGCAAAGAUCGGGAGCAUUUGACAGUCCUUUGCGCGCCAAGUGGCGACACUGGAAGCGCCGCGAUAUACGGCUUGAGAGGCAAGAAAGAUGUCUCGGUGUUCGUCAAGUAUCCGACAGGGAAGGUGGGCCCAAUACAGGAGGCACAGAUGACAACGGUGACCGAUAGAAAUGUGCAUUGA